GACGCCAAUAAUUUAGAAAAAAAAAGAAAGUGAGAAGAACUAUAAGUUGCAAACAGUUGCAAAUACCGCUUUUUGUAAUUAUAUCGAGUAAAUAACUUAAAAUUAUAAUUAUUAUGCUAGGGUAUUCUAAUGCUGGUGUUCCAGACAAAUCUUGGCAACCACCUGUUGCAGUUAUCGAAACUACAAUGGGUGCUAUGAUUGUAGAAAUGUAUUGGAAACACACUCCUAUAACUUGUAGAAAUUUCAUGGAACUUGUUAGAAGAGGCUACUACAACAACACAAAAUUUCACCGAGUAAUCAGAGAUUUUAUGAUCCAAGGUGGUGAUCCUACAGGUACAGGAAAAGGAGGACAAUCAAUAUAUGGAUCACAAUUUGAUGAUGAAAUCACUAGUGAUCUAAAACAUACAGGUGCAGGUAUUCUGUCUAUGGCUAAUGCUGGACCAGAUACCAAUGGAUCUCAAUUUUUUAUCACAUUAGCACCAACACAGUGGCUUGAUGGGAAACAUACAAUAUUUGGACGAGUACAAAGUGGCAUGCCUGUUGUUAAAAGAAUAGGAUUAGUUGAGUGUGAUAAAGAUGAUUGUCCAGUUGAUGAUGUUCGUAUUGAAAGAGCAUACAUACCAAAAUAAUAAAAGUAAAUAAAUAUUACGACCAUAUCAAUUUGCUUUUUCUUAGUUUCAUAUAUAAGAC